AUGCCUUUCGGUAAUACCCACAACAAACUGAAGAUGAACUACUCCGCGGAGCAGGAGUACCCCGACCUCAGCCAGCAUAACAACCACAUGGCCAAGGUGCUCACUCCAGAGAUGUACGCCAACCUGCGGGACAAAGAAACUCCAAGUGGAUUUACCGUGGAUGAUGUCAUUCAAACUGGGGUUGAUAACCCAGGUAAAUAGUCAUAGUUUGCCGACUUAGGUCCCAAGUCGACUGUUAUGCUGCUUCGAGUGAAGUGGGUCGAGAGGGUAGAGGGCUUUAGUUAUAGCCCAACCCACUCAUCCGGUGCUUGGAUUUUGCAAUGUCAGUCACGUACCGGGUGAAAAACCACCUCUGUUGAAACGGUGACCUUGUUACCAAGGGCCUGUGCCGUGUCCACUAAUGCAAUGUUCAGUAUAAAACAAGGAAUGCAUUAUUUGUGGCCCUGUCGAGCUCAUUGUUCCAGUUAGGUAUCAAUGCAUUAGGACUGACAUGGGAUCCAUGGUCAUAGCCUAUUUAUUGUUCCAUUUGUCACAGCAGCAUCACCAACCACCUUUGUUGAGCAAGGUCAAGUCCACCAUUUGUCUACAUAGAACCAUUGCUGAGGAAGUGGCAUUACAGGCUAAAUUGAGGCCUUGUAUUUUAUUCCCCUCUAGUCCUCAAGGUUGUUGGGUCACAUGUCCAUUUAACACCUGAAUUACUGUGACUUUGCAUUGUAAUGUAGGCCUUUAAUUUGAUCAACUCUAUUGUGAGGCCCUACUACAACAUCCAGUGUAAGCGUCAACCAGCUGAAGAUGUGUACCGGUAUGCAAACUAGACCUGGGUUUAAAUACUAUUUCAAAUACAUUUUGAGGAGUAGCGUUUUCUGAUUUUGUAAAAAAAUACUAGUAGUUGGAUAUUGGAAUGUAUUUGGAAAUGCACAUGGACGGUAUUGGCAUGCAUUAAAAAAAAAUCUAUAAUGUUUUUUCAAAAACAAAUAUUUAAAUACUCCCAUGCAUCUUAACCCAGGUCCUACACUAGUAGUAUUUUAAAUAAAUGCAUUUGAAAAUACACAAGUAUUUAAAUGACAAAUAAUUAAAUACAAAUGCUUUUGAACCCAAGUCUGAUGCAAACCUCAGUCACCUCAACCUAAUGUUUUUCUUAACCACUUGACAUGUACAGCAUUAUGAAUAUCAACACAAAUGUGUAUUAAUGCCCAAUGGCUUCACCGUAGAUGGUGUUAUUCUGACAGGAGUUUGCAUCUAGAGGGUGGCUAAAGCUUUUAUUGGAACUAAGACCAAUGUGACCGCUGGCACAACUGACCACCAUUUUGUAUAAAAUUCCAAAACCGAUUCCUGUCAAAACCAAUGGACUGCAUUUUGUCAGUGAAAUCGUCACUUGGAGGGCAUCAACUGUUGGCGCCAUUUUAUUCCUAAAGGCCCAGUUUCACCCUGUCCCUAUUUUAUUCCAGGCCACCCCUUCAUCAUGACAGUGGGCUGUGUGGCCGGAGACGAGGAGACGUACGAGGUGUUCAAGGAGCUGCUGGACCCCAUCAUCGAAGACCGCCACGGCGGAUACAAGCCCUCAGACAAACACAAGACCGACCUGAACCCAGAUAACCUUGUGGUAAGGACACACAUGCCGAAUCGCCUCGCAUGCACACAACCUGAUUCACCACAUACACACACCCAAGGUUGGCAUACAUGAGUCAGUGUCGCAAACUAUUCAGGAAACCAAUUUGAAAUGUAAUUCAUCAAUAAAAAUCCAUAUUGGUCAUAAUGGCCACACAACCCAUUGUUUUCAAACCUCCAUGUAGCCCAUCCCUGGUUUACAGUCGCUCAAAUGUCCAUACCUGUUAGCUUUCAUGCUAAUUGCUAACGCAGUGGUUAUCGUUGUUUUGGCAGGGUGGGGAUGACCUGGACCCCAACUACGUCCUGAGCUCCAGAGUGCGAACUGGCAGGAGUGUCCGUGGGUUCUGCCUCCCCCCACACUGCAGCCGUGGGGAGCGACGCGCCAUCGAGAACAUGGCCAUCGAAAGUGCGUAACCGAGCCCUCUAUUCUCCAAUGCCUUGAGUCCCGCUGCAUGCCCUUUGUGAUGCUGCCCCCUGACUGCACUGAGUGGAACUUUGGCUUAAUCAUACUAUUGAAAUGAUGCCACACUGCAAUUGGCUUGCUGCUCUUGACUUGCAUCGGUUAAGACUUACUUAUUCUAGAUACGUUUUGUAUAAUGGCAGUGGUGGAAAAAGUACCCAAUUGUCAUACUUGAGUAAAAGUAAAGAUACCUUCAUAGAAAAUGAUUCAAGUAGAAGUGAAAGUCACCCAGUAAAAUACUACUUGAGUAAAAGUAUUUGGUUUUAAAUGUACUUAAGUAUCAAAAGUAAAUGUAAUUGCUAAAAUAUACUUAAGUAUGAAAAGUAACAUAAAUAAUUUCAAAUUCCUUAUAUUAAGCAAAUCAGUUGGCACAAUUUUCUUGUUUGUAUUUAUUUACAGAUAGCCAGGGGCACACUCCAAUACUCAGACGUAAUUUACAAACUAAGGAUUUGUGUUUAGUGAGUCUGCCAGAUCAGAGGCGGUAGAGAAUGUAGUAAAGUAAAAGUUGUCAAAUAUAAAUAGUAAAGUACAGAUACCCCAAAAAACUACUUAAGUAGUACUUUAAACCACUGUAUAAUGGAAUCCUUACCUAAAAUUGGCACUUUGAAAAAUAUAACUGCUUGAUUGUUGAUCUAAUCCUUACAAAUAUGCAACUUGCUUUAUAGUUGGUGAAAAAGGAUGACAACUCCCGUAGGCCUACUUGUUUUACUGACAUUCUCAUGUUUUUGUUCGCAGGUCUAGCCUCACUGGAUGGAGACCUCAAUGGCCAGUAUUACGCCCUGAAGAACAUGACAGACGAUGAACAGCAACAGCUGAUUGACGACCACUUCCUGUUCGACAAACCCGUGUCCCCCCUGCUGCUGGCGUCCGGGAUGGGCCGUGACUGGCCCGACGGCAGGGGCAUCUGGUGAGUUCCCCAGCCCAAGGGGCACCACGGCAGAGUGAGUUCUCCAUGUAGACUUGAACAGUCCAAAAUGGCUUCCUUUCAUGAUGGCAGAUGAGUAAAGGGAUUUAGAUUCUGGCAUUCUCCUGCCAUGCAGCUUUUCCAGUGAAUUCCUCCCAUGGGCUGUCGGUGUUCAUGAAGGAAGGAGCGAAAGUGCAGUAAGGAAUAUGUGCCAAUAAAAUGGACGUUAAUUAGUUGACCGCUUCAAUGGUCAAAUUUCACAGGAGGCCCCAUUUUACAAUUCUUCAAUCCACAUUCCAUACUCUAAAACAGGGCUCUCCAACCCUGUUCCUGGAGAGCUACCCUUCUGCAGGUUUCCGGUCCAACCCCAAUUAUGACUUAUCUGACUCCGCUUACCAACCAGCUAAUUUUUUGAAUCAGGUGUGCUAGACUAGGGUUGGCGUGAACCUACAGGAUGUUAGCUCUCCAGGAACAGGGUUGGAGAGCCCUGCUCUAAAAUAGUGAUAUGCAGUUAUGUGUUCUGAUGUUGUGGGUCAAUUAAAGGAGGCUCUGGGGUAAAGUUACCCUAGGUACAGAUCUAGGAUAAGCUACCCUCCCUAAAUCCUAACCUUAACCAUUAGUGGCGGAACAUUUAAAAACUGACCCAAGAUCAGGGUCUAUGGAUAACUUCACCCUACACUGGAGUACCAGCUGGAGGGUGCCUUCAGUGAGAAUAAACCUGAUCGUUAUGUACAAUGGUGUCUCCUUCCAACCGAUGGUGAACUAAUAUGUUGAUUUUGUUGACAGGCACAAUGACGGCAAGACCUUCCUGGUCUGGGUGAAUGAGGAGGAUCAUCUGCGAGUCAUCUCUAUGCAGAAGGGUGGCAACAUGAAGGAGGUGUUCCACCGCUUCUGCACUGGCCUCACAAAGGUGUGUGUGUGAUGUGCACUCAGGAGUCAAGGAUGUCAAAUGUGUAAAGUCCAGUCUAAGGCACAAUUCUACAAUGUAACGUUCAAAAGAAAUUGCAAAGCAAACAACUGCUUUAGGGUUAGUUACAUUUGAAUGCAGUCAAUUUGGGAGUCUACUUAAAAUUCAAUGCGAAAUGGCACUUUAAAAACUGUUGCAAAAAAGGGGGUAACCUUUAAACUUAAACUAGAAUAGUCCCAACACUGCAGUUGCUUUCUCAACACAACUUAUAACCUUCAGCCCCUUACCUCAGUUUCCUCUGACCUCUACAGAUUGAGACACUGUUCAAGGACAAGGGCCAUGAGUUCAUGUGGAACGAGCACCUGGGCUACGUGCUCACCUGCCCCUCCAACCUGGGCACAGGGCUGCGCGCCGGCGUGCACGUCAAGCUGCCCAACAUGAGCAAGCACGAGAAAUUCGGCGAGGUCCUCAAGAGGUUGAGGCUGCAGAAGCGUGGCACAGGUAUGUACAUUUUCCUGUUAGGAAAUGUAGAUGGGACAUUCUGUCUAGCAGUUAUUGGGAUUAAGCGAACAUCCAGCAGAUCUGAUAUAUUGCCCUGGAAUAGUCUCUCCAAAUUGUAUUUAUUAACCAAUGUUUGUUACUGUAGGUUGGUAAAACAUUGUGCAUUCAAGAUGUACCAUUUCUGAAAAGACUGCACACAUACAAAAAUAUUGAUUAAUAAAAAUCAGACUCGUCCUGAAACUGUGCACGUAUCAACAAGCAUUAAAACUCUGCCUGAAACGCUCAUUCCCUUUUUUGGGUGACAAUAACGCCCUUAUUGGAAUUAGGCCAAGGCAGUUUCUAAAGGCAAUGGCAAACUUAAUCAAAUGUCUCUCUGGAGGUGUGACAUUUGCUCUGACAGUUUCUGAAAGAAACUAUUGUAAAUUGUUGUGGACCUGUAAACAUGGUUUGUUUUACUUUUUUCCAAACCUAAAUAUGAUGCACUGCCCGCUAAUUCUGAAACAUUGUCUAUGUCGAAUUUAAAACUACAGUAGGCCUACUUAGUGGUAGUUACACACUCCCUUUCGGAUGCAUAGAGCAAAACACUUCAAAUAGUUUAUCUAAUAGGCCCAAUUAAAUUAGGGAUGCGCAUGGUAAUUUGUUGUAGGCUAAAGCUUAUUCUGCAAUGGUUAUGAAAAUGUUAUGUUUAUAAGUUAAAUAUUGUUUAUGUGAAACAUUUCAAAUUACAGUAGGCUAUUCAGAUGUACAGUACCCUAAAUGUAAAUCGAAAAGGUGAACCGUCUGUUCUACCCUUAAACUGCGCUCGAUUGGAUUGCAUGGAGCAAAAUACUUAAACGACUGUAAAGUGGGUCCAAUUAAAUGAUAGGAUGUUGUAGACAUAUUUGGCUACUUCAUGAGUAUGAAACCAUCAGUCAGAAAAGGUGAAUUUAUUCUGGAUCAUGGAAUGAAAUAGGAAAUGUAUGCCUAUUUCUUACUUUUAGAAUGCAAAGAUGCCAAAAAUUGCUCUUCUCACAAAUGGCAAAUGAUUCCAUCUUGUUAUAUUAAGGCUACCUGUUUUUGUCUUUUUUUAUGAAAAAGCAUGUCAAAUGGUAGGCAACUUGCCUGCUUGCAAUGCAAUACUUCAACCACUAGAGACUGUGCAUAUAUAUGCAUGGUCUUAUUGAGUGGGUUUUUGUCGGGGGGCCGGAACAGAAUUACAAAUUUGUAGACUGCAAAUUGACUGCAAGCCCUAACAGAAUAUUUGACGAAAUCAUUUCAAACCUUGCUUACAUUUUGUACACGAUCACGUCUCUAUGCGUGGGAAUACUUGAACAGAUUUACAAAAUUAAAAUCAAUUGGAGCUGAUUUUCAUGGUGUUUUUGUCCAACAAUGAAUUUUAAGUGUCUUUUCUCAGAACUUGGGGGUGCCAAAUAAAACCACCCACGGACUGCCAGUUGGGGAACCCUGGUGUAUAGUUUGCGGGAAGCUAAGCACAUUCUCACAUCAAAUUCUGUUUUUAUAAAUUCCAACUUUUGCGUGAACUGGCGCAUUUUGUACACAUGCAACAUUUAUAAAGAGGCCCCAGGACUUUGAUUACAGUAGCUGAAAUGUGUUAAAUUAGGGCUGCCUGGACCUAAAACCUGCAUACCCACUGGCUCUCCAGGAGCAGGAUUGGCCUGUCACCCUAGUGGCGGAGAAGCCAACCUUAUCCACCACCAUUUUAGCUCAGCUUUUCUUUUGUACUAAACAUGUACGCUCUGUGUCUCUCCCACUCCCCCCUCAGGUGGUGUAGACACCGCAGCAGUAGGCGGCGUCUUCGACAUCUCCAACGCCGACCGUCUGGGCUUCUCCGAGGUGGAGCUGGUGCAGAUGGUUGUCGACGGCGUCAAGACCCUCGUCGAGAUGGAAAAGCGUCUGGAGGGCGGCCAGUCCUUCGACGACCUGAUGCCUGACCAGAAGUGAACACGCUCCCUCAAACCUUCUGACCUCUUAUCUCUCACCCCCCCUUCACCAAUAUCGCCCCCUUGUCUCCAAAAACAAUCUUAACUACAUCAAGGAAAUGCACUCCGCCUGACAUAGUGGCACAAAAGUUAGACGAGUCUUCCAUCUGUGUGAUGGAUUUUGUAUCUCAAAUGCAGUCUUUUUGCAGAAUGUUUGAUGGAUAUGAACACCUGAAAUAAAAGUAUCUUUGGCCCAUGGAA